CUGGAACACCACUCACCCUCCAGAAGACUUCUCUUUAACCAGCACCUGCUCCACAGACUGUUUGGAUUGGCCUGCUUCAAGUCCCAGUUUCCUUCUAGCAACUUCUGCUGCUUCAGGUCCUAUUGCUGCUUCGAUGUCUUUUGGAUCAACAUCAUCAAACCAGAUGUCAGCCCUGGAAAAAGAAGAGAAAACACGACGUGUUCUAAGCCAAGAUGUAUCAGACCUCACUAAUCAAGAAGAUAAAGCUAUUUCCUCCGGGUGGCCGUUGUGCAGCAUACGCUUAGUGCAAAAUAAAACCAUUAGACCUUGGCAUCGAUGCUUGUUAAAUUGUUUGCUGACGUUCCCUCCAGAGAUUUCUCAGAGCUUUGGAUGCAGAUGAUGUUUUCUCUUAUUUUGGAACCAGCUCAGUGUCUGAUGUACCUGAGUUUGUUGUUGCUCAGCCAAAUUGCUCUUGUAAAGAAGAGCAGAUUGGGCUGGUAUGUCGGAUCCAACGCUGCUCCAUUAAGGCUUGGGGAGAAGUGUACACCUUUGAAUUCCUAGAGGACCAUACCCUCCUUUCCUCUUCCUUUGUGAUCAGUCACGCGGUGAACUCUUCCUUUAGCUUAAUAAAGCGAUUCUCAGGCAACUGCUUUGCAGGUGGAAAUCUAUUGGCACCUCCUGGGGCUGAGUGUAGAGUCACUUACUGUGAAGGGCAGCUGCAAGGAGUCAUUGUUUCAGAGGAAGAAAAGAUUCAUAUCAAGCCUGUCAGAAGCAGAGAUACGGCCCUGCUGAAGGAUCUUGGCUUCUCCAGUCCCCACAUUCUCUUCAGAAGCCCUGGAAUGGGGGCAAAAACAGCAAGAGCAGGGCACUUUGCUCCUCGCCUACAAAAGAGGGCUGAUGGAGCUGUCAAACAUCUGGAGCUGAUGGUUGUAGCAGGUCCUGAUGUUUACAUGUACCACCAGGAGGACACGGAGCGAUAUAUUCUUACCAACCUGAACAUUGGGGCAGAACUGCUGCGAGAUGCCUCACUGGGUGCUCAUUUCAGGGUUCAUUUGAUGCAAAUGCUUGUUUUGAGGGAGCCAGAGGUGAAUGUGAACAUCACAACAAAUAUCACCUCCUCGCUGAUCAGUGUUUGUGAGUGGAGCAAGAAGGUCAACCCCCAGAAUGACUCUGAUCCCCAGCAUGCUGACAUUGUCCUGUAUGUGACCAGGUUUGACCUGCAGUUACCCGAUGGGAACAAGGAGCUACGUGGAGUGACUCGGUUAGGUGGGGUCUGCUCCUCCUCCUGGAGCUGUGUUAUUACCCAGGACACUGGCUUUGACUUGGGAGUCACCAUAGCCCAUGAGAUUGGGCACAGUCUUGGCAUCCCCCAUGAUGGUGAGGGGAAUCAGUGCAGCAGCAGUGGUUUCAUCAUGGGCUCAGCAGGAAACCGUAAUAGUGUUGACCUCAUCUGGUCACAGUGUAGCCGAGAAGAAUUCCUGGCCUUUGUCAGCACAGGCCAAACAAACUGCUUAAAUGACCUGCCGGACAUGGACGGCAGCAUCCCUGGAUGGAAGCCUGGCUUGUACUAUGGAGCAGAUGAGCAAUGUAAAAUAGCCUUUGGGAGCGUUGCAACUGCGUGCACCUUUGCUGACAGCAAUGUUGAUAUAUGUAAAGUUCUCUCAUGCCAUGUACAACCAGGAGAUAAAUCCAGCUGUACUCGGCUUCUUGUUCCCCUCUUAGAUGGUACUGAGUGUGGCGUCAAUAAGUGGUGCUCCAAGGGACAGUGCAGCUCUCUGACAGAACUAAACCCCAUGGCUGUAGUCCAUGGGCAGUGGUCCAGCUGGAGCCCAUUUUCCUCCUGCUCCCGCAGCUGUGGAGGUGGAGUUCAGAUAAGGCAGCGGUUCUGUAAUAACCCCAGGCCUGCUUUUGGAGGGAAGGAAUGCCAGGGUGCCAGCAUUCAAGCAGAGAUGUGCAAUACUCAGGCCUGUCUGAUGACCCAGCUUGACUUUAUGGCUGAACAGUGUGCAGCAACAAAUUUAAAGCCACUGUAUCUCACUGUAGGAGUGCCAUCCUUUUACACCUGGACUUCUGCUGUUGGCUUUGCCAAAGGGGACACGCAGUGCAAGCACAUGUGCAGGACCAUUGAGGAUGAAUUCAUGGUAAGCCGUGAGGACAGUUUCAUAGAUGGAACCAGAUGUGAGCCUGAUAACUCUGAAGAUGGGACUUUCCAUCUGUGUGUAGCGGGAAGCUGCAGAGCAUUCGGGUGUGAUGGCCAGAUGAACUCCAAGAGGGCAAUGGACUCUUGCAAGGUCUGUGGGGGUGAUAAUACCACCUGUAUGGAAGUGAGUGGAUCUUACACAGAAGGAAAAGCUAAAGAGUAUGUUACGUUUUUAUCCCUGCCUUAUAAUGCCACCUCAGUCCAUGUUAUCAAUCAGAGGCCGCUCUUCACUCAUUUGGCUGUGAAGGUUAAAGGUGAAUAUGUGGUUGCUGGAAAGGGAAAAAUCUCACUGAAUGUCACCUAUCCCUCUGUUCUGGAGGACAGACAGAUUGAAUACAAAGUGUUUCUCACCAACCACAACCUCCCAAGCCUGGAGGAAAUCCAUGUGGAUGGACCAAUCCAAGAAGAAAUUGAAAUACAGGUUUAUAGAAGGUAUGCAAAAGAAUAUGGCGAUGCCACCAACCCAGACAUCACCUUCAGCUACUUUGUGCCAAAAGAGAAUCUGACGUAUAGGUGGAUUCCUCACGAGGGGCCGUGUUCAGUGACCUGUGGAGGAGGUACACAACUUGUGAACUAUGUGUGCUUUGAUCAGAUGAAGAAUGAAAUAACAGAAAAUCAGCUGUGUCUGGGACUUCUGCAACCCCUUCCAGGGUAUGAACCCUGUGCCACGGAACCAUGCCCAUACAGGUGGAAGAUAUCUCAGACAGAUGAAUGUUCUGCUGUUUGUGGAAGCGGCGUUGCCCAGCAGAAUCUGACCUGUGUUCAGUUUCAUAAUGGAUCGGAGACUGUUGUGGAUGACAGCUUAUGUUCUGCACGAGAAAAACCACUCUCAAUUGUGCCGUGUGUAGUUAAUGUCUGCCCUUUGGGAUGGGACAGAGAGGAAGACAUGGACUUGCUUCGGACUCUAGAGUUACCUGGACAUAUCCAACUGGAAAAUCAGAGUGUUUAUGUCUGGAGCCCUCUACCUGGAGAAUGUUCAGUGUCCUGUGGUAGAGGUAAGACUCAGAUACAGUAUGUAUGUGUGGCUUUUGACACUAAAGAAAAAACCCAAGAAGAAAACUGUCAUCCAGUGGCAAAGCCGGAGAGCAGGUUGGAAGACUGCAAUCUCAGUCCCUGCCCACCAAGGUGGCAUUACAAAAUGGGCUCAUGCAGUGUAAGCUGUGGAGGAGGUGUGAUGCAGAAGGUCCUCUACUGUGCAAGGGAAACCAGAGAGAAGGAAGAAGAAAUUGUGGCAGAUGUCCAGUGUGAUGGUUUGCCUCGUCCAGAGGAGCAGGAACCGUGUAACUUGGAGCCAUGCCCCCCAAGAUGGAAGGUAACCCCGGGUGGCCCCUGUUCCUCCAGCUGUGGGCUUGGCUUAUCUGUUCAGCUGGUCACCUGCGUGCAGAUUCAGCAAGGCAAAGAGAUUUUGCUGGAGCAGCAUUCAUGUCCUGUAUCAGAGAAGCCCCUUACUACCAUUCCCUGUGUCAUCCGAAUGUGUUCUUAUGAAUGGAGCUUCAGUGAAUGGACAGAGUGUUCAACUUCAUGUGGGAAUGGUGUUCAGACACGGCACAAUUUCUGCCUCAACCGGCUCACUCAUAAGCACGUGAACCCCAUCUUCUGCAGGCGCUUCCCCAAGGCCAUUGUGCUGCGUGGCUGCUCUGCAGGGCCCUGUCCUGAGCAGGGGGUGGACUCCAGGUUGCAUGGAGCAGAACUGCAGACAGUGACACCAGCCAUGCAUCUGAUGACUACUGCAGAUGCUGAAGGGCCAAGAUACAAAGGCCUGAUUCUUCCUUCAUCUGCUCUGCCAGCUGUCCUUCAGGAACAGAUAAAAGAGACCAGGGAAGGUGUCUGUGGAAAGCUCUUUCUUAAUACCAGUGGGGUCAUCAACAUGACAGGUGUAGAGACCAGUGACUGCACUGUUGCUAUUGGACGUCCUCUAGGAGAGGAGAUCACAAUCAAUGUUCUGGAGAGCUCCCUCAACUGCAGUGCAGGUGAGGUCGUGCUGUUUUCUGGACGAAUGAUGUGGCGGACGGGCUGCAGGAAGCUUACUUUGUCUCUGAUAAAUUCCAGAACAAAUACAUUGAUUGUGAAACAGCGUGUUUUGCUGCCAGGAAAUGGGGUCGUUCUUCAGUACAACAGCAGAAAUGCAAUCAAAAAAUAUUACCAAGAAUGUGACAAGCAACUGUUUGGUCCCCAUGGUGAAAUAGUGAACCCUACUCAAUCACCUGGUCAAAAACAAGAAGUGGUGUGUCGGACCUUCAUCAAUGUGGCUCCUCAGCACCACAUAGCUAUUCGAGGCCUGUAUGUUGACCUGAGCCAUGAGAGCAACCAAACACACUUUAAUUACAUCCUGAUCCGUGAUGUAAGCACCAUGAAGACAAUGGUGUUUCGUGGGAAACAACAAUUCUUCUGGCAAUCAACAGGAAGCCAAGCUGAAAUUGAAUUUCAUGAAAACAUUAAGGAUCACCAAACCCGUUUCUGGGCUGAAUAUCAUGCUGCUGAACCCAAAUAAAAGGGAUCAGGGCCACUAUAGUGAGAAAGACUGUGUACCAGUUAAUCACUGCUGCCUGUUCACUGCUUGAUGUCGCACACAUCAUUUAACCUUUUUACAGCUACUUCUCCAUCUACUGAGUAAGAGUUAACUGAGAUCCCAGUGGAGUCAGUAAAUACUUAGAACAUUUAUGCAACAGGCAUGUAACCACCAAAUAUUUCACAAACAGUUUUAAUGUGAAUUUUCUACAUUAAUCGGUGUUAAUGCAUCUUACUUGUCUGGAAUUAGUGACUUGGACACUGAAGUCUCAUGGGUGAUUGGCCUGGUCAAAUAUUGGCGACAACUGGCUUUGCAUGGAAGGAGAAAAUGACCUCUGGAGGGUCCCUCCCUGCCCACCACAUCUGUGAUUUUGCUUUCACGUACCUAACAGUGGUGCUAGUACUUCUUUUCUAUGGGAAAAUAAAGUAAUCCUGUCUCUUAA